CGCGCGCAUUUUUUGUCAGCAUUGGCCGGCCAUCGAACUGAUCGAGCGAAAACUACGUUCAAAACAGCAAACAGGAAAGCAAUUUUCCUUUCAGCUUGCUAAUUUUUACGUAAUUCGUUACACACUUGAAUAACAUCGACCAUGGCAGACGGCGAUGUCAUUAAGAAAGACGACGAGAAGAAUGAAAAGGCAACACCACCGUCGGCACCGGCAAAUCCUGAAGAGGACGGCGAAACCACAAAGACCAAGGAAAACAAUGAGGACGAGUACGACCCCUAUUACGCUCCAAUCGUCGAGUUGCCUGAAAUUCACGUUUACACAAACGAGGAGAUGGAGGAAGUAAUUUUGAAACUGAGGGCUAAAUUGUACAGAUACGAUUCCUCUUGUGAGCCGCCGGAGUGGAAAGAACGAGGAACGGGAGAGGUCAAGCUGCUGCGACACAUGCAAAAGCCCAUCGUCCGACUGGUCAUGCGGAGGGACAAAACCCUGAAAGUUUGUGCUAAUCAUUUCAUCCGACCGUGGAUGAAAUUGAGCCCGAAUUGUGGCAGCGACAGGGCUUGGGUUUGGAGUGUCAACGUCGAUUACGCAGACGAAGAGCCGAAGCCAGAAUUAUUGGCAAUAAAAUUCGCAAAUGCAGCUGAUGCAACAAAAUGGUUUGAAACUUUUGAAAUGGCCAAGGAAAUUGUCAAGGGUGACGACACCGAGAACGAGAAUGACGAAUCAGGCAGUAGUGACGAAGAUGAGGCGGAGGAGAAAGAAUCUGAGGACAAAACAAAGAAGCCGUCUGCUGAGAAGGCCGAUGAUGAGACGAGUACGCUUACGGAGAAUCUUCAAAGCAUGAAAGUCUGAUUAUAACCGGUCAGGCUCUCUUGUGAUCUCUUAAAUCACCAACCAUGAAAUUCCA